GUAGAACAUGCCAUUGGUAAUAUCGUAAUUUUCCCAUCUCUAGCGUGAACGCCAUAUGUGUAAAUAAGCAGUGGUGGAAACAAACCAAAAUCUAAAUUAUAAAAUUUCGCAGGAAGCUGUUUGUUAUCUUUAUAAAAGGUUGACCUCAGGCGCAGUACGUCGAUUCUUGGAAGGAGAACAGUGCGCUAAAAUGGAGCUGACUGGAUGGGUGAAGAACUACGGCUGGGGCCGCAAGGGAAUUAGCUCGGCGGUGGCCCAGCUGGCCAUGGCCAAUGAUCCGGACUUUCGGCUAAACGAGGAGGAGACCUACGCGGAAAUGUGGAUGGGCACGCAUGUGUGCGGCGUUUCCGUGGUCAAGGAAACCGGCGAGACUCUGGACCGGGUGCUGAAGAAAGACCUUUCAUAUCUGUUCAAGGUACUCAGCAUCAACAAGGCGCUAAGCAUCCAGGUCCAUCCGAACAAGUGCGAAGCGGAGCGACUGCACAAGGAGCGGCCGGAUAUCUACAAGGAUCCCAAUCACAAGCCGGAACUGGCCAUUGCCCUCACGCCGUUUCUGGCCCUCGUGGGUUUUAUGUCAGCUGAAGACAUCAGGGACUACAUCGAUGAGUUCCAGCCGCUGAGCAAACUCAUUGGCAAGGAGGCUGUGGAUCAGCUCCACGACUCGACCGAUGCGGAAAGCGUUAAGUGGUGCUACGAGAAACUGAUGAAGACCGAGGAGUCGGUGAUAGCCAAGUGCAUCAGUGAAAUUGCGAAGGAUUACCAAAAAGAACUGAAAUCCAACGAUCUACUGGAGGUGUUCACCAAGGUCAACAAAGACUUCCCCGGCGAUGUAGGCGUACUGUCCCUGUUCUUCCUCAACCUCAUCCGCCUGCAGCCUGGUCAGGCUAUCUACUUGGGCGCGAACGAGAUUCACGCCUACCUGGACGGCGACUGCGUGGAGUGCAUGGCCUGCUCGGACAAUGUGAUACGGGCGGGCCUUACACCCAAGUACAAGGAUGUGGACCAGCUGCUGGAAUCGGUGAUCUUCGAAAGUUCGUACAAAGAUCGCAAGGAAUUCAUUCCGUACCGCAUAGAUGGGCAGGUCCAGGUCUAUAUUCCACCAGUAACUGAUUUCGCCGUGAUAAAUGUAAACAUUGAACACUCGCUGGAGUCGUACAAGCUUGAGAUCCAAGCCUUUGGGUCCAUAAUGAUUGUCCUGAAGGGAUCCCGCAUUUUGAAACUGAAAACCCAGCAAGGAGAUAAGGAGAUUUUGGUAACCCGCGGCAGCAUUGUGUACAUUCCCGUCGAGGCAGCACCGGAAAUCGAGUUCGCCAAGUCCGACGAUUGCGAUGAGGACUUCAGCGGCUACAUAGCAACCAGCAACUACUUUCGAGUGCCGUAAAAUUCUCAGUUAAUCUAAAUUUUUUGUACAGUGCAAUAAAACCAUUAACACGUUUUGGUGGUGAA